ACUAAUGUCAGCUCUCCUGGAAAGUCUUUGAACCUGUACCCGUCUAAUGAAUACGAGGUUUUGCCCAAUGGGAGUGAAGCGCAUUGGGAAGUGGUGGAGCGCAUCCUCUUCAUCUAUGCCAAACUCAAUCCUGGGAUUGCUUAUGUCCAGGGCAUGAAUGAAAUUGUUGGUCCAAUCUACUACACCUUUGCCACAGACCCCAACAGCCAAUGGAAAGAACAUGCAGAAGCAGACACAUUCUUCUGUUUUACCAACCUCAUGUCAGAAAACAGAGAUAAUUUCAUCAAGAGCCUGGAUGAUUCCCAGUGUGGCAUAACAUACAAGAUGGAGAGUGUGUACUCAAUGCUCAAAGAAAAAGACCAGGAGCUCUAUUUCAAGCUUGUAAGGAUACAAGAAAAUGUUCUCAGUUCAGUUUGUCUUCCCGCCUAAAUCACGGGUGCCCGAUAUGUCCAUCACAAUCGACUGGUAGCCCGCGGACUGUCAAUCGCGAGGGGUGAAGGGGGAAAUGGGGUGUGGGGA